CUCAUCGCUGCCUCGCAUAGUUGUUUUAUGGUUUAGGUAGAGAUAAGGCAGAACGGGCCUUGACCAGCUUCAAAUUUAUAGCUUCCUAAACGCAUAGGCCUUUUAGUUUCUUAGUGGCUAUAGUAGCCAUGCUCGCUUUGCCGAGUCUCGCGAUAGCGGCGCCUUUGUCGCAUGGACUCGCGGUCCUUGCGGCCCAGCCUGCUCUAUGGCAGGCGUUUGAGCGGCCGCGGGAAACUUGCUCCGGAGUGCAGCCCGCUGCAGGUCCGGGCCCCAGCUCUCAGCGGCAUCGACCAGGGCUGCUGCAGGGCACCCAGGUCCGGUCUAUGUGCCGCUGGCUGGGCGAGACGCGGUGCAGCACUGUCACAAAUGUGGACAUUAACGCUGCAAAUACCCCGGCCAGUGCCGGGCCGCUGGGCCUCGAAAGCAAGGUCCACAGUGACACAGACGUGAGGAUGGACGCCCAGGUCAUUUUCGAGAGCUGCUGGAGGCGUUUCGAGGAGAAAUUUCGCCUGAAGUCGGUUCACGUUCCACGCGAAGUGGUGUGGCUAAAUGGAGCCCCCGGCGCGGGAAAGGGCGCCAACACACAGCACAUCCUUAAAACACGUGGGCUGGACCACAGCGUCAACCUGUCCUCGCUCUUGCAAACGAACGAGAGCACGCGCUCAAUGAUGGAGCGCGGCGAGCUGAUCCCGGAUUCAAUGGUGGGCGACGUGGUGCUGGAGGCGCUGCUGUUCCAGGCCUGCCAGGUGCCCGAGUGCGGCGUGCUGGUGGACGGCUUCCCGCGGACAGCCAUGCAGGUGGACUUCCUGAAGCUGCUGUACGACAAGCUGGACGAGCUGCACGGCAUAUUCGCACACACCUCGCACCGCAACCAGUUCCCGCGCCCGCUGUUCAAGGUUGUGAUGCUGUACGUGGACGAGGAGACGUCCAUCGAGCGGCAGCUGGAGCGCGCCAAGCUGGCCUCCGUGCACAACAAGCGCGUGCUGGACGCGGGCGCGGGGCAGCUGUGGGAGCAGCGAGCGACGGACUUGAGUAUUGAGAAGGCCAAGAAGCGCUACGCCAUCUUCCGGCAGCACCACAGCGCUGUGCUGCGCUUGAAGCAAUUCUUCCCCUUCCACCUCAUUGACGCCAUGGGCACGCUGUCGGAGACGCAGGAGGCCAUCACCACCGAGCUGCGCUACCAGUCCAGCCUGGACCUGAGCUACGAGACGUACGCGGCCAUCCGGCACCUGCCGCUGGCGCGCGACGUGAGCCAGCACGCGCGGCAGCAGCUGGUCAUGCGGCUGGACAGCCACAGCGAGAAGUACCCGGACCUGUUCCAGAAGGUGAUCGACCUCAUUACCAGCGAAAUCAUGCCGCUGGUGCACGAGUGCGGCCUGGCGGGGCGCGCCGAGUACGCCACGGAGCACCGCAUGUUCCUGGAGCACCCGCGCGCGGCGCAGAUGCUGAUCGACGUGCUGACGGACCGCGGCUACAACGUGAGCCACUCCACCGAGGUGUCGCACGUGCCCAUGCAGAUCGACAUGCAGACAGGCAUGAUCAAGAACCGCAAGGAGUACAAGCACCGCUUCCACAUAAACUGGGACACCAAGGGCGUGCGCGAGAUGGCGCGCGCCAUGGAGCUGGCGGCCCGUAUCAGCGAGGCGGGCGGCAACGGGAACGCCGCGCUGCGCAUCAGCCAGACCUACAUCCCGCAGCACAUCAACCGGGAGGCGCGCCGCGCCAUCCCGCCGCUGGCGGCCGGCGCGGAGGGCGGCGCAGGGAAUGGGGGCAGCAAGGACGGCAAGGAGGAGGGCAGCGACGCGGAGCACGUGAUCCACGGCUCGUAAUAUGUGCGGUUGGUGUCGAAACGGCGCGGUUUGUCGGCGGCGCAGUGCUAUGAUGGUGAUGGAGCUGCCUUGGGUGCAGCUCCGCUACGUCAUGCAGCCGCAUUGCGGCGUCGGCAGUAUGGGAAGCAGGAGCAGGCUGUCCAGGUGUGUGUGUCUGGGAGGGUGCCAAUUCGUGCACGGGGAGAAAUGAAACCGGAUUGCUGCACAUGCAGCGCGCGUUGCUGAAGCACACUGCUUUGCUGGGAUAACGUGCGUCGGGGGCGUGGCCAGGCCGUUUGCAGCCGCCGCACGUACCGUAUGGUCCUGUUAUUGGUUCUGGGUGUGCGCGGUUGUGUAGUCGGCCCCUUGAGUGCGGGCAAAGGUUGUGGCGGCGGUCAAGUCGGGUACGGUGCACAUUGCGCUUGACUGCGGCGGCGUGCCACCGAUACUUUUGUGCCCGAGCACCUAAAGGUGGUGCGAUGACGGACAGACCGAUUCAGCGCCAGCUCUGUGAGUACGGUCUGCGGCUCUUGCCUUGCGUGUGCGCGGUUUGUGACAUUGCCCUCUCGCAACGUGGGCCACGUCAGUGGCGGUGGCUCAUGCCAUUCCGCAACAGUAGUUGUUUGAUUCUUCCCCGUAGGUUUUGUGUUCAUCGUUAUCUAGUUCCCCCUGUUGAAACCCAGUGUUUCUUUCUCCGCUUCGGGAGAGUCCGAUGGGAUGUGAGAUUCAGUGUUUUAGGCUGGGGGUGCCACGGAUGAACAGGCGCGAGUAGGUUUAGAUGCAACGUUACUGCGAGUGGCGGAGAUUUACUUUCCGAAGAACUCUUGCCUCGCCACGGAUGAUUCAUGAUGGCCGUGCGGCAACUGCGCGCAUGCGGGGCUUGCAGGAGUGAGGAGAGUGUUGCUUGUCGUGUGCAACUGGAUGGCGUAUUGUGGGAGCGGAGAGCCCUCAGCACGCAUCUCGGCAUAUGAUGCCCGGGGGCCCCGCUCGCGGUGGCGUGCGGUGCGCCCGGACCCCCUUAGCCCGCAUUCGUGCACGUCCGGUGAACCGGCGGGCACUUAUAACUUCAGUAACGUGGAGCAUCAGCGAAUUUGGCAGAUUGAUGGUGGAGAUGUGGACACUUGGGCUGUGUACUGCUGCUGUGGUGGUACGUGGCUGUGUACGCUGCUGUGGCACUUGGGCACAGGCUAGAGUUGUGGGGACGCGGUAUGACGGCUCUGAGGCACGUCGCAUGUGAUAGUGGUGUGACCCGCUGUACCCAGUGCAAGCUGCCAAAUGACAUUACACUGCGUGUGCCGCAACGAUGAGCGAUGAGUAGCUUUUGGCCUGGGUGCCAGGUACCUGCGGGUGUGACGCGCCAUUAUAGCUUAUUUGUGUGUUGGCUUUGGGUGCUGUACACCUGUUUACGUUAUGUAUUCUUUUGAUUGUCGCCGACGAGUGUGAGCAAACGGUAUCGUUGGGGACUAAAACACGGACGAGCCCACGGACAGGGACUCACGGAACUUCGCAUGCGCACGGCGAGUGGAUGCCCCAGGCCCCCGCCCCUGCUGGCACAGAUGGCGCUGGGACUGUAAUCCUGUAUCUUA